GUUCACUUCAAAAAACUUAUUAGUAUAUAUGCUUCUGAAUCGUGUUUGCCGUGACACAAAAAGCUAGUUUCCAUGCAGAACGGUGCGUGUAGCAGCUGAAACACGAACCCGUGGGACUUGGUCUAUGUUUGAACAGGGCAAAUUAUUCAAUUGAUUGAUCUCCUUGGUCAGGACCAACACUCACAGGGCAUGGGUUUCACAAAAUCAGCACCGAGUCUCAACACUCUCCCAGUGGAGAUAUUGUGCCACUUGUUCUCCUUCCUUCCAGCUUUACCGAUCUUGCGUUGUACAUCGACCUGUCGCUACCUUCGCAAAGUCCUUGAUGACUCUUCAGCACUGCAGUAUGCGAUUGAACUCGAAGCACAAAAGAUGGUGGAGGUCGCUGCACCAGACGCAACGUCAUCUCCCGCAGAGCGCUUAGAGAUUCUGAGGAACCAAAUGUCUUCCUGGCGAGCUUUUAAACCCACCAUCGUGAAUCACUUUGAGCAGCCAGGUGGCGAGGUAUCCAUGUCGUUCGGGAAUUUCACCACAUGGGAUGAUGAACCCCAGAUCGCGCAAAUUCGCGCGCUAGACUCAGGCCCUUCGGAUUCCCAGUCAUAUAGGCGUUGGGAUGCAAGCAGCUAUCCGAUGCCAAAGGAUACUCCUUUCCGAGUCCACAGCGUUUGCAUGGACCCAUCCCAGGAUUUGUUUGCUUUUGUGGUACUCGAGCCGAACCACAUGGCGGAAAUUUCAUGCCGGAUUUACUUGGAGACCCUUAGCACAAGCGAGCCACAUCCUUUGGCUGCCAGUGAGAUCCUUACCUCCUUCAAGCCGCACAUCUCAGCAAACUGUACCUUUGACCAGACAAAGAUAAAGCUCAAAAUCUGGGGGGACCGCAUUGUGCUCUUCAACUUCUGCGAUGAAUAUUUUCCAUGUCCUGCAAGAAUGCAGAUUUGGAACUGGCAAGAGAGACAGGACUUCAAGUGCGUCUAUCGAGAGCAGGAACCAUACGGCAAGAUGGAUGACUGUUGUAUCGUGAACCGAGAUCACUUGAUCGUAUCUUCUAGAAUGACCGGCCGUCUACCAUGCAGACUGAGCAUCUUCUCAUUUUCUGACCUUGCGAAACCCCCAGUCCGCAUUGCAGAGUGUGUCUUACCCUUCCAACCAGAGGCAACAUUCCUGCGGCAUUCUCCGUUUGUAACUAUCUCCCCGGAUGUCCGUCGUUCCAUGGCCCCUCAGGACAUACGCUUCUAUCCAAAUGCUGAAAAUCAGCUCAUCGCUUUCAAUAUCGACGGUCCACCCAGCCUCGUCUUUAUCAUUGACACCGAUAAACUCCUCACCGCCUGCCAAAGCAGUGUACAUAUUGAGGGACAGAGCCGCGUUUUUCCCUGGAAGGAAUGGGGUCCAAACUGUUCACGAUGCAUCGUAGACCCCAUCCCUAACAGUCUUUACGUCCUGCGAUUAGAAGUUGCCGGUUGCAGAGCAAUCCAUGCCGCCCCGAAUGACGUCGAUUGCACAUCCUAUAGCCUGCACGCGUACGACUUUAACAAGUACCGCAUAUCGCGUGCCGCAGCUUCCGAGGACUUUCGCGGUCGCAUUAUCACAGGGCCAACGACAAUCAAACAUCAACAGCUCAAAGAAGAAAUUGUAACAAACCUUCCUUACAUGGUCGUUGAAGACGAGGGACGCAUCGAGACGGCUGCGAACAUGAUAGAUGUUACUUUCGAUGACGAGCACAUUUUGAUCAUCAAGAGCUCGGAGCGGGAUGAAAACGAAUUUGUGAUCGACGUUGCUAAGCCCUCCACUAUGACCGCGCGAAGGGAAUAGGAUGAAAACAGGUAUGAAAUUGUACGAUUGAUGUCGUCGAAAAGGAUUGCCAGGCCGCGUCGGUCAAAUGUCAGAGAACUACUCGUCGUGUUAUUGAUAUUAGUUUACAGCUUUUGGGUUCUGACCGGCAUAUUCUGUAUGUACAUAGUGUUGAUAGAUGUACCAGCAACUUUUUGGAACAGAUGCUGACGUCGAUAGACUAUUUGACGUACGCCAGAACUGUCGUUAUUAACGUAGCAGACAAGGUUUUCGAGGUCUUCUGAUUACUUACGUUUUUAUGGUAAGGUACUCGUAAGUUAGUAAGUUACGAGUAGUGUCGCUGCGGCUUGGCAGCCGAACGGUGGCAAAAGUGAGAAUAGCGCACAUCGGAUCU